CGCUAGCGGAGCAGCAUCAUGUUGUGCAUUCUGCACUAAAUAGUCUGGGCGACUGGAACUUGAGGAAACAGCGCUAACGCUGGCAAGGAUCAGCAAACAUGACCUCAUCACAACUGCCCAUGCAUGAACAGGCAGCGACUAAACCUUGCACAGUAAAAUCCCGAAGCAUCCCCGCAUCUUGCGACUGGUGAUUAUGCGUGGCCUGUUCUUGGGUCCGGAGAAUUUCCUCAAUUACUUUACUUUGGAGUGAUAUAUUUAGACCGAUGGCCACCCGCACUGGUGGUGGAGUGGUCUGCAGGAACGACCGGGCUGUAGUUCAUCAUGUAUUUUCUCAACUCUUUUACGUCCGCUCUAAUCGGACUAGGUCUGGCUCCUCUCGUUGCUUCUAUCUCUGACUCUCCCCUUUCAACCUCCGGUCGCUGGAUUGUUGAUUCAGAUGGUGCCAAUGUCACCUUUGCAGGGGUGAAUUGGCCCGGCGCAGCCGACGCGAUGCUGCCCGAGGGUCUUCAGUACCAGUCCAUCUCGUACAUCCUCGGGAAGGUUAAGGAGUUGGGCAUGAACUCGAUUCGGCUGACCUUUGCCAUCGAAAUGAUUGACGAUAUCUAUGAUCAGGGCGGAGAUGUGCCGAUCAAAACAUCCCUCAUCAAUGCCCUCGGUGAGGAGAACGGAACAGCCGUGUAUCAGGAUAUUGUUAGCCACAACGAUCAAUUUGGAGAGGAGACCACUAGAUUGGAUGUUUUCGACGCCGUGGCGAAAGAGUCUUACGAGCAGGGUAUUUAUGUCCUUCUUGACAACCAUGUAUCCAAGGCCAAAUGGUGUUGCUCCACCGAUGAUGGCAACUCCUGGUUCGGAGACGAGUACUUCAACGUGACGAACUGGCAUAGGGCGUGGAAGUACAUGGCCGAUCACGUCAAAGAUCUACCGGCUGUCAAAAGCGUCGGAAUGCGCAAUGAGUUCCGCCAGCCAGAUGACGAAUCCACCAGCGAAGAAUACAACUGGGAGGUUUGGUACAAGAAUAUGGUCGAAAAUGCCAAGCAGAUCAACGAAGCCAAUCCGGACCUUCUCAUCCUCUUCUCCGGACUCAACUUCGACACUACCUUGGCCCCCAUUCCCACCGGCGCAGACCUCGGCGACGGAACGAAAUUCAAUAAGGAUGACUUCAACUUUGCCGAUAAGAUUGUCCUCGAGCUUCAUAACUAUGCCAGUGACUCUGGUAGCUGUGACAGUCUCAAGUCCAGCCUCUACAGUGGCGGGUACAAUGCACUUGACGCACAGAACUCGAGCAUUGUGAAUGUUCUGCCUGUGCUAAUGACUGAAUUCGGCUUCUCUCAAGACGACUCCUCUUACAAUACUGUCUAUGCUUCCUGUCUAAGGGAGUAUUUGCCGGAAGUUCAAUCCGGAUGGAUGGUCUGGGAGCUUGGUGGAAGUUAUUAUAUCCGUGAAGGACAGCAAGACUUUGAUGAAUCAUGGGGCCUCCUUGAUCACACCUGGUCUGAUUGGAGAUCUUCCGAUGCAAUUGAGAAGGGAAUGAUUCCCAUGGUCAGUGCUACUUUGGGAACUGAGUAAUUUGAUUGCUGGUGUUCGUAACGAGCUCCAACCGGCUAAUGUCCUUGGUUUCUUUCCCAAUGCUUUUCUAUCUAUUCUUUACUCUCAUCUUAUCUUUACUCGGUUUGCUUUGAGUACUUCGGUCAAGAUGAAAUUAGCUAUCAUCAAGUCUCAAACCUUUCUACUCUGGUCACCCCUUGCAUUUAAUAUCCCCCAAAUUUAUAGCAAUCUUAAAACCUUUCCCCUUGAAGCUUGGACCUGACAUAAUU